UCCUGAUAGCCGAAGCCUCACGCUAGCUGACACGCGUUAUCUGUUCUCCCGCAGUCUGAGAGCCACAGUCACCACCAGAGAUGGGCAGAUGACCACCCCAUCUCCAAGAGCUCUUGGUUCAGAAGCCCGAGCCAUUGCUGCAGAUCCUUCCUCUCUUUGUCCCUUUGGACAUCAAAGGAUUGCAAGGGGACAGCCCUGGCGAGAAGCUCCUCCCUGCUCAUUAGCCUCCAUAAAACAGGAACUCACCUUGGCUAGCUGCGCUUGGAGUCCCAUCCUCAUCCCAGUCACUCUUGACACUGGAUCUCAGAAGGAAGAGCUUUUGCUUGCUUCAGGAAAUCAGACCUGCUUUUGAGCUGGAGUAUUUUGGUUCCCCUUGUAAGAACUCUGGUGGCUCUCUUGGCUGUGCAACCUCCUAGACUCUACAGUACAUGGAAAAAUGCAAGCUUUAGCAGACGUGAAAGCGCCGUGUGAGGCACUUCCUUCCCCCAGCCUGGAGCCCUACCCCCAGAGCUCCAUCAUGGUCACCCUUGAGGACAUGGGUCUCUGGAUGAAGUUUCAUCAGAUCGGAACGGAGAUGAUCAUCACCAAAUCCGGCAGACGAAUGUUUCCACAAUGCAAAAUCAAAGUCUCUGGCUUAAUCCCAUAUGCCAAGUACCUCAUGCUGGUAGAUUUUGUGCCAAUGGACAACUUCAGGUACAAGUGGAAUAAAGAUCAGUGGGAAGUUGCUGGAAAAGCAGAGCCCCAGCUCCCUUGUCGCACCUACGUCCACCCAGAUUCCCCAGCUCCUGGCAGCCACUGGAUGAAAGAACCUGUCUCCUUCCAAAAACUGAAGCUCACCAACAACACCCUGGAUCAACACGGGCACAUAAUCCUCCACUCCAUGCACCGUUACAAGCCUCGCUUCCACAUUGUGCAGGCAGAUGACCUCUUCAGUGUCCGCUGGAGCAUCUUUCAAGUUUUCAGCUUCCCUGAGACUGUCUUCACUUCUGUUACUGCCUACCAGAAUGAGCAGAUUACAAAGCUCAAGAUUGACAACAAUCCAUUUGCUAAAGGCUUCCGUGAGCAUGGGAAGAACACUCGAAGGGAAGGACGAGCCAAAUGCCAGAAGCCUAGUCCAGCCAAGGGCCAGAAGAGGAAGCUGCCUGAGGAAAAGGAGUCCGGUGCUGAGGAACGUGAUUUUGAGAAAGAGGAGAAUGUAGAUGUGAAGGAAGAGAGUAACCCCGUUGUGGUCAGCAGCGGAUACCCCUUCUGGGUCUCGGAGCAGAAUGGCAGCCAUGCCUUCCCUGCAGCAUCGCCAGUGCCAGCUGACCAGAGGGAGGGUCUGGCAAGAGAGCAGCAAGUGCCUACGCCGUCUUACCAGACAUAUAGGUUCCACGAAACUGGGGACAGCCAGCAGCUUCCUGCCCGCGACGCCACGGCCUUGAACGAUUUCCGGGCAAGGUGCCACCCCCUGGAUCUCGCCACAGUGCCCGAGCACGACUCCAAACAGCUCCCAGAGGGCUUUGCCAACCUGCCUCCGCUCCCCCCGCCUCUGCCUCCUCCCCAGGACUACACAGGAGUGGUGAACAUGGCUCUAGACUCUGUUGGGAAACCUGGGGCCCGAGCGCCCAUGUACAGUCCGUAUGGCACCGAGCAAGGCCUUGGCCAGUGGAUGGUGCCUUCCCACAGCCAGUACAGGGCAAUGAGCUACUCGGCCUUCUCCACAGAGUACAAUACACAGGGGGCUCCGGGACAUGCCCAUGGGACCGUGGCAGAGUGGAGCCAGUACCCUCUGUUCCCCUAUGCCUGCUGGUGAACGGGGAAGACCCUUCCCAAUGAAAAAACUGAAAGAAAAUUGUAAAUGAGAUCAAAUUUGCUCUGGGGUGUUGACCUUUUGAAGCCUUGUCUAAAUUAGGCAAAGAGGCAUUGCUGCAAGCGGUAGCAUGGGACACCUUCACUUCCUUGUCUCCUUGCACAACAACCCUCACUGUAUUUCACAAGCAAUGGCUAAACUGGUGGGUGUCCUAGCCAUGUCAGUGUGAGUCUGGCUGAAUCAAUGUGUUCUGCAGUGGUUUUUAUCCCAGCAGGAGUAGGAAACCACAGGAGCUGCCAGAGCAGUGUUUAAAGAGCUGCCAAGCUCUCAGUCCCAGGCUGUUUGCAUCUCGCAUUUGGCAGUUUCUGAAAUCCCUUCCUCCCAGGACUGGCGUGCAAGGAGAUAGGGGCUGAGGAGUUUCAGUAAGCCGUACAGGUGACCAAGAAGCUGUAGAGAAUUAUUGCAAAGAUGCGCAAAACAAGCAAUCCUGGUGCCCCCUUGAGCAGGUUCCUCACUUAGUAUAGUCAAACUAAAGCUAGAGUCUUGCCUUUCUUCCAGCAGCAUACAAGAGUAAAACACACAGCAACGCGUAUGUGUCUGGAGCGCAGCAGUGGGUAAUGCAGGCAGGGAAGAGUUUGUCCUGUGCACGAGAAGCGGCAGCAAGGCUGCGUGUUGUGUCUGCCCGUCCCCCGUGCCCAUCCCUCUUCUGUCACCCUUAGAUUCAAGGUUAGUGAAACACUCUUCUUUCUGCUGGUGAUGGAGGGAGGUUGUUCACAGAACGUGGGGGCUGCUCUGUGGGUUUCCAAAGGCCUUUGGCUGUCAGAAACAGGACUGCGAACAGCAGUGCUGGCUGUGUCACUCUGACCUCUUCCUUUUGAGGGAAAGGAAAUCUUUCACUGCGAACUUCUUCCUUCUUCCACCCCCUGCCACCCCUGAGGAAUAUAAUUUAUAGUUGCACUGAGCAAGCUUUGUCAACAGGCAGUUCUCAGCAGCCUGGCAUUGUUUAUCGGGUGUAUACUUUAAUAUUAAUACCCUGUAGGCACCAAGCUGCGUGCUGCAUUGCUGGUGAGCUCAGCACCCCCAGGCUGGUCGGUGAAGUCAUUUUGCCACUGUUUGGGACUCUAUAGGGAUCUGCUUCCAUGUGUAGUUAUCAGAGCAGUUUCACCUCCCUUACCUCUGUGGUCCCAUCGUGAGGAGGAGCUGUUCUGCCAGUCAGCAGCCUGCACGCUGCCUUGCAAAGAUGAUUUCUUUUUAUCUUUGUGUUAGAAGGGGGAAGCAUCCGUGUUUUCCUGAGUGGUGGAAUGGCCCUGAUAAUGGGGUCUUGUUUGAGAUAGGGUUUUUGCUUCUUGGGGACACUAGACAUAUUCCUAGGUGUUAUUUAGGCAAUGUUUUCUUGUAACACUUUAAAUAAACUGCUGUGUGGCCUGUAGCCAUCAGUAGGCAGUGAGGUGUAUCAUUUAGCAUGUAUGCCAGAUGGUUUUCUCUGUGUGUGCAAGAUGUUGUCUAUGAGCAGACCUGGGUGGGUUUGUGACCACUGGUGCAUCAAGACCAGUGUACAGGAACACUAGGAAAGGCUGUGCACUGGUCUGUUCCGGUACCAGGUCAGCACUGUGCGUGUGUGUAGCGUAGAGGUGUUGAGCCAUGUUUAUUGUUAAAAUUACUUUGAAAAGUAGCCCUACAAAUCUGUGAAACUCAACUACUAUGAUUAUUUCCUUAUUUAAAUAGUAUAUUGCUAACUGCUUUUGUACCACAAUUAUGAUAUGUACAGAGCAGCCAAAUACUUCCCCUCGGCUUCACAGGAUGGGUGUGAGAUGUGAGCAUUUAAAUAAAGGUCAGACUCCACCACAGUAUAUGUACUUAAUACCCUAUUAGUCUCUCCUCUGAUAGCACCCUGGCCAGUAGUCAUUUAUACCCGCUGUGCAUGACACAUGAGUAUGCGAGUGACUUACUAAAAAGAAAGCUGGUCAGGGAAAAAAAUGUGGAGGAGAUUGUUUUUAACCCCAGCAUAUUGUGAUUUCCUGCUGUCUAAAUGCCGGCUGCGUGAAGGCAGGUCAGCUGUAAAAGACUGUCCUCUGUGGAUGAGAAGAAUAUUCUGUCUCUGACCAUUAGUAGUUGAUUUUGCCACCACUGUUUUCCACAUCUUGGAAAUCAGAUGAGAAGGCUGGCUAGGGAGUUUGGUGCCUUCAAUCCCAUUUGCAGGGACCCUGAGGGUGGUACUUUCUGCUAGGCGUCCUCCUGGUACCCUGCCGUGAAUCGCUGCCAGUGCCACGCUAACAAGAAAAGAGAAAGUAAUGCACCCCCUCACAGCCUACUUCGUUAGAUCUGUUUCUUUAUCUUUGAAGCUGGGUUUUAUUUCCCUUUGUCACUGGGUGCUAAUGAGGAUGAAAACCGGGCUGUGGCGAGUAUGAGGAACUGAGGAGAACUGGGCAGCACAGGGAAACCCCUGUGCCAAUAUGGGUGUAAGAUUCUGAAGGUUUGAAAAACAGAAUAGCUUUGUGGGUGCUGCUGCCCCAUGGGCGUGUUGGUAGAGCUGGUUUGGCAGGCAUCUCUCCACCUGGGUAAAAGACUCAGCCUUGUGCCUUGGACAAGCCGUUAAUUGCUCAUCAGCCUUCUGUUGCAACAGGACUCCUUGCCCUUCUUCAGUGAAUCAUCCGGCUUAUUAGAAAAGUACCCUUACUUUCCUCGCUCGCCUGUCUCUGGUUAGAGACUGUGGCUUGACUGUGAAGCCUUGGGAAAUUUUGCCCGUAGGUGUGUGUUCUAGACUCUGCUGCUGCCUCCUCCCUUUGCAGUUUCCAGUGCCUUGUUUUCUUCAGCUGUGGCAUUUAAAAGUCUAUAUGAGCUCGACUGAAACACUGUUUUUGCACGCAUGUGAGAUAAUGUAAUGCCUCUCUGACAGCGUCAAUAAAAGGAAAUGAGACAUGUGGAAGGCAGACCAUUAAGAGCAAUAAAAUAAACUCUAA